UGGAGACCGGCACGCGGCGUGAUGGGGCGUGGCCCGGUAUUGGAGACGGAGGCGGGCGGCUUCUAUGGUGACAGCGAUGUGGAGGACACCAUUUUCGUAUUGUGUAGGAGGUGGGCAGUGACAACCGGCUGCCAUAUCCUCCUGUGACCCCGAACACACAUCAGCAUGUAAACAUGCUGCCCGGCAAAUACCGAGGGAGGCUUGUGUCCAAUGUGAACAACUGCGGUCUUCAUCUGGUAUUGCAGACUACCCCUGUUACAGAUAAAAGUAAACAGUUUGAUUUCAGGUUAAGUAAGGAUCCAGCAUCUCUUAACAACAGGCAUUCUCAGCAUGACCAAGAAAAGAGCAUUACUGGGAGGCCAGAUGGAAGAGUCUCAAGUCCUAUGGGGCGCAAUAAGCAGCCUUACAUUCCGCUGACAGCAAAUGUGACAGAAGUAUUUGGCCCUGCUCCAAGAUAUGGAAGGGAGUCAAUGUCACUAGGGGCGUUUGGAGAUGUUCCAGGCCAUGUAUCCACAAAAAACAGGUCCAGAUCCGUCUCCCACUGUGCCAGCCCAAACAACAAUAGUGAGGAGGCACAUCAUCCAAAAGACCAUUUUAGUUUCAUGAGAGGUCUGUCAAAAUCAGAACCAGGAUGUCCUGUUGUGCGACGUACUGCUGAGGAGAAGGCUGCCAGUCCCGAUAAACUCAAUUUAGAAAGAUUACAACUGUCGGCUUUCCCUGUAAUUGAAGGCGAGGAGCAGUUACGGCUAUUAUAUUUGCAACACAACUUUAUAACAAGAGUGCAAAACCUUUCAAGUCUUCAGCGUCUCAUAUUUCUAGAUCUGUAUGAUAACCAAAUUGAAGAAAUAAGUGGACUUUCCUCUAUAAAAUCAUUGCGUGUUCUUAUGCUCGGAAAGAACAGAAUUCGGAAAAUAACAAAUUUGGAAAAUCUUAAAAAUCUGGAUGUUUUGGACUUGCAUGGAAAUCAGAUAUCUAAAAUUGAGAAUAUCGGCCACCUGGGAGAGUUAAGAGUGUUAAACCUUGCUCGGAAUCAGAUAACAGAAGUGGAACAUUUAAAUGGUUUAGACUCUCUGACAGAGCUCAACCUGAGACACAAUAACAUCAGUCUUGUGAGAGAUGUGGAUACUUUGCCUAGCCUCCAGCUCCUUUAUCUCAGCUUUAACAAUAUAUCAAGAAUCAGUGACAUCCUGUGCCUUGCUGACUCAACUUCGCUUUCAGAAGUCACACUUGAUGGCAACCCUAUAGCUCAAGAGUCAUGGUACAGACAAACCAUUCUGGGGUACAUGCUGCAGCUGAGACAGCUGGACAUGAAGAGAAUCACGGAAGAAGAAAGACGUACUGCAUCUGUUCUGGUAAGAAAAGAGGAAGAGCGGAAGCGUGAAAGCCACAAGCAAGCCCUACUAAAGGAGAAAAAACGAAUUGCAAUUUGCAAUGCUGCUCGACAAUGGGACAUUCAGCAGAACAGAGUAGUACUUGGAAUAAAUUCAGAUCAAGACAGCAGCGUUUGCACAAGUCCUUCACAUAAGCCAUGCCCGCUGAAUGGGUCUUCGACCUAUGAAUUUACUGAAGAGAAAAGAUCACUUGACACUGUGCUGAGCAGUGCUGUGCAAGCCCUUUCUGUGGUGGAUUCCCAUCUUGUUGAAUUGGAAGGUGAUACCUUGUGUCUGUAUGGAUUGGGAGCUCUGGAGUCUCUGGACAGGACGUGGAGUGUUCAAACAGCAGGCUCUGUCAACACCAUCUGCUUCACCUUCGUAGAUUUUGAGGAUAUAGUACAAGUGUUAACAAAAAUAAGACUCAAACUUCCAAAUAUUGUGCACCUUAAAUUUAAAGAAACAAAUCUAACCACCUUGAAUCAAUUCAAUGCAUUAGCUCAGCUGCGUCGACUUGAUCAGUUGACUGUGGAUCCUCAGGGAAACCCUAUAGUUAACUUCACUCUAUGGAAGUAUUAUGUGCUGUUUCGAUUGAACCACUUCAACAUUCAGAAAAUCAAUGAUGAUGAGGUCACUCAGAAUGAUGUCAUCAUGUCUGAGAGGCUCUUUGGAAUUCUUGCCUACAUUGCAUCAUCAGAGUUACCGCAGUAUAGGCUCGCUGCCCUGCUUGGUGAUACCAGGAAAAAAACAUUUCAUCAACUCGGGGAAGGAAAGACAAAGAAGAGUCCCCUAGUAAGUGAAGAAAGUAUUGACAGCAAGAAAGCUGGAGUGGAGACUCCAAGCAGAGCAACAUUACAAUACAUUCCACAGGAUCUGCUAAGUGAGAAGCUGGAGGAAACUGCAGAGAAGAAAGCCUUCUGCCACUCCUAUGUAAAGGACCUCAUAAAUGAAGCAACUGACAUCAAUUUGAAAAAUGAAUCUCUGCAAAAGUUGUGGCCGCAAAUGUUCAUUGAGAUGGUCAGAGAUGCAGUGAUUGAGGUUCGCGAUAAGAACUCCUAUAUGAAACAGUGCUUGCAGAGGAUCUCUGAGCAAAAAUAGCUACCAAUCAUUAUUUAUACUCGCCAAACCGUAAUAUUGACUGUUCCUAGGUAGACCUGCUUGUUUCUCUUUUUAUGUCUUGAAUCUUCUACCUCCCUAUUAUUGGCAGUAUUGAAGACCACCAUGUGUUUAAGCAAGUUCUGUACUUGGGACUUUGACCUGUUUAUAGCAAGCUGGAGUGUAUACCACAUACAAGCCAUGAUCUUUAAAUGCCUUCCACCACUGAGUAUGUGGAAAGACACAUUGCUACAGUACUAUGGCCAAUUUGUCAAA